GCACGCCAAGAAGAGUAUUAGCAACCUCGACUUCUCGCGGUGCUAACGAGGCUCUGGUGACCGAGUUCUGGCCGUGUGGUGAGGCCACAGUUGUGUGGCGCUCGGUCGGCCAGUCGGCAUGACAACGCUGCGAGAAAGACUCCAUCCGGAAGUGACGCGGGACGACAUGAGACUCAGCAGCGAGGAAGAAGACAGGCCGAGGCGUCGUCGGAGAGCCAUCGACAGUGGUGAGCUUUCGAGUGCGGUUGUCAUGGUGACAGUGAUCGUCCUGUGUUGGUGCGCGCGCUCUGGCCUCGCUGCGGCUGGCAGUGACACCUCCGUCGCGACGUCCCUGUUCGCGAAUGCUUCCGGCGUCCGGGGAGCGGUGGCCAGGAGGUGGGACAGGGUGCCCGACCAGCUCAACGAAACGGAAGACGAUGUGACGACGCCUGCUUCGGGCUGCCAGUCCUGUUUGUUCCGGGAGGGCCUGCGGAACCUCAGUCUGCAGACCAUCAAGGAGGAGAUCCUCAACAAGCUGGGCAUGAAGCACGCGCCCAACACGACGGGCCGCACGCUGCCCAAGAUCCCCCCGUUGCACCACUUGCUGCAGAUAUACGAGCACCAGCAGGGCCUCUCGGGAAUGCAGGGCGACGAGCCCGUCCGGGCGACGGGAAGCGUGGAGCAGGAGGAAGAGGACGACUACCACGCGCGCACCGAGCGGGUGAUCGCCUUUGCUCAGCCAUAUCCGAAGCUGCGUCACGGUCCGAAGGGGCAGGACGUGCAGUUCUUCCGGUUCUCCGAGAAGGUGAUGCGGAACAAGGUCCUGAAGGCGCAGCUGUGGAUGUACCUAAGGGGCACGCACUACCAGCACGGCUCGAGACGCGGUCACGAGGAUCAGGCCGACGCGCCUGCGCCAGAAUCACCCGGCGGCGGCUACGACGGGGGAGGUGGAGGGGGGAACGACGGCGGGUGGUCCGGCCUCAUGGUGAACAUCAGCGUGAUGAAGGUACUGCGUGGCGGCAGCUCGUCGCUGGAGUCCCCGGUCAUGAAGAUAGAAGCCAAGUCCUUGGUGCGACGGCCGUCGGGGCGCGGUGGCUGGGUGUCUGUGAAUGUGGAGGACCUGCUCAGCAAGUGGUUUGAGAACCCGAAGGACAACCACGGCGUAGUGCUGCACGCGGUAGACGACCACGAUCGACAGAUCGUGGUGACGGACCACGCGGAGGAGGACGGCGCCCUGGUGCCAUUCGUCGAACUGUACACAGCGGACGGACGGAAACACAGGACGAAGCGCACCAUCGGGCUGAACUGCGACGAAACGUCGGAGGAGACUCGGUGCUGCCGCUAUCCUCUGACUGUGGACUUCGAGGAGUUCGGGUGGGACUGGAUCAUCGCCCCGAAGAAGUACGAGGCCAACUACUGCUCGGGGGAGUGUCCGUACGUGUUCUUGCAGAAGUACCCGCACACCCACAUCGUGGCGCUGGCCAACCCCUCGGGCACUGCCGGGCCCUGCUGCGCCCCCCGCAAGAUGUCGCCGAUAUCAAUGCUGUACUUCGACAACGAGUACAACAUCAUCUACGGCCUGCUGCCCGGGAUGGUCGUGGACAGAUGCGGCUGCUCGUAGUGCCCAAGGCCGGCCGGCCGGCAGGCAGGCAGGCAGGCAGGCAGGCAAACUCCCUCCGUCCGUGAUACCGCUGUAUCUUGCUAAUGAUGAUAUACGUAAUAAAUAAUUUAUGUCUUCUGCGGACUUGGUCUGUCGUCUCAUUCGGCCAGGCGGACCGCAACUGUGCCUUUAUCGCUCGAAACGUUUGCACUUAUCAGCCAUUCAGAGUAACUACAAAGGAAGGAAGAAGGCGUAAAGGCGAAACUGAGUAUUGUGAUAUUAUUUUAGUAAAAACUUUGAUUUAAAAUAAUGUGUGAGUGGGUCCCGUAUUCAAGCAUUGAGAAUCCCAACUGCGGGUAUGACGGUAAGUGUCAAGGUUUAAUUUAAUCGUGCAACAAAAUCGGGCACCUUGCUUGCAAUCGCUGGGAAGCGUCCUCUCUCUGCAUCCGUCCACUCUGAGCUCUUGAAAGCAGAAGCGCCUCUCUCUCUCUCUCUGAGCGAGGGCGGCAAGGCCGCGGACGCCGAGGGCUUGCAGAUUCCCGCGGGGUUGUCGGCGGCGUCGGUGCUGCACGUGUCAUGUGUCCGUCCGGGGCGCGCUCCAGGGUCGCAUUUCGCUCCCCCACUUUGAGGCGGAUCAAAGCGACGCCAGAGGCUGACGCCGGCGCCACGAAGCGCGUUGUUCUUUGUGCAGUGGCUUCCGUUCUUCCUAACACAGAAUUUCGGAGUACUUCCGGGUGCUUCCGGAAUGUAAUCACGUGGUUUUAUCAUCGUCCUUUUGGAUUCCCGGUCAUGUUUUGGCUGCGUUUGGAGUGUAGCUGUGCAGUUUUCAAAUUCUCGCGACGACUGUGUGGGACGUUGCGCUGCGCGGUGUAGUCUGCUACAAAUUCACUGACGAUUCGUAGGUGCAUACUGCCUUCAUCAUCAGGGCGACUAUUCGCGAUGGUCUCCAUAUUCAUGACUUAAUUCGUGAAGAUGGAGGCAAGAUUUUCCUCCGAAAGCUCGUAUCUACUGCGAGUCAACACGGUGUCUCAGCUCAGACCAACGUCGAAAUUAUCCGCAAAUCGCAGACGUCGAGAGGCGUUCUUCUGUCAGCUGCUUGCUUUCAAGGGCUCGGUGCCUUGGCACAGGCAUCGGCGACCACGGUUUGUGUUCCCUCCCCGCGACUACGAACAAGAAGCCAAGGCGUCAGCAACUUCACUCUCUCCCUCUCUCUCUGCGUUAGUUUCUCCCUUUCAAAUACGAUCUCUAGCGACUGAUUUUGGUGACGGGGUUAGUUUAACGUGCAGAGCGCAUUGCUGUUUUACGUUUUGUAGUUAUGAUAAGACAAUUUGUUCCUUUCAAGUAGCUGUAUGACAUAAUUUAAAUGGAAAGAAGUGUACUAGGUCGCUGUCCGUUUACACAAUUCAUCACACCCUUCCCGCCACUGUGCAAACAGCAGGUCACACAAUAAUAAUUAUAAUUAUAAUAAUAAUAAUAAUAACAGUAUAUCCGUCCUGGAACUGGUUGUCAGUUUGUAGUUGUAAAUGUUCAAAGAACAUCUUCGUCUCACGAGUGCGUGUGGCGUCGAGACGGCAUUUGGCUUGCUGUGAAUCUGACGUCACGGCCUUUUGGUAUGUAAAGAUUGAUACAUCGCUUUGUGUUGCGUGUUGUCUGUCUCUCAUUGUAGGUAUUAAUUAAUUAAUUAAUUAUUGUGAUUACUUUGCGUUGUGUGUUGCAACAAAAACCAAAUUGUUUCAUGUAUCAGUUAAGUACGGAAUGGUGAUAUCUUUUUGUAAGAAAAGUGGUAAAAGGGUGAAAGUAUUUUUUACAAUUUGUUGUAAGCCAUUUUUAAAAUAUAAAUGCAUUAAAAUAAACUUCGUGUGUA